UUUUUUUUUUUUUGUUUUUUUUUUUUAAACAAAAAAUGUUAUUCGUAUUUUAAUACUGCUGUUAUAACUUCGGGUAUUAAUUAAACUGUUCGUGUUUUUACGCACGUGAGUUUUACUUUCCCUGAUAAUUUUUUGAAAAAUCUUUGUGCAGAAACUUCUGCUUGAAAUGGACGUCUUGUGGACUUUACCGACAAAGCUGCAUUCGUCUACGCGACUGAUCUGUUCGCCUGUUCCUCAUUUAAACUCUCUUAAUCUUUAUUUGAACUUAAGCACAUUGCUGAGAUCUACUGCCACACCAAAGAUGGAAGCCUCGGUCUUCCACCUAUCUGGAGUUUCUAAGACACCAGCGGUGCAUGCGCAGUACUUGGGGCCGGGUCGGCAAUACAAGAUGGCGGAGACGGUGGGGAGGGAGAGGCGGAGGCGGAUCCGGACUGAGCUAAGCGAAGCCUAUAGUGGAUUCCCGGCAAUCUUUGUUGAGAACAGAUGAAGAAACAUGGCAAGUGACCAGGGUAUGGUGAGGGGUGACCAUGGGACAGUCCUAACCCCAACAAGCUCCUCAAAUCAGGUCCAGCCUCUAUCCCCAACAGUCACUAAACCUGUCCAGGAACUACCAGAUGAGCUGAUCCAGGCAGGAUGGUCUAAAUGCUGGAGCAAGCGUGAAAAUCGUCCAUACUACUUCAAUCGUUUCACAAACCAGUCUCUGUGGGAGAUGCCAGUCCUGGGGCAGCAUGAUGUUAUUUCGGAUCCACUUGGCUUAAAUGCAGCUCCUGCGUCCUCGGAAACUGGGCAAGUGACUACAGAGGCAGUAGUGGACAAUGGGCAGCAUAAAAGACGACUGUCAGAGGAAGCCAUACCUGAUGCACCCAACAGCUUCAAGAGACCAAAAGUGGAUGUGCAAGUAAACCCCACAACUCCAACCAUACCCAUCUCCCCUAGUACUACAGGAACUCCACUAUCAAAAACAUGGAAUGCCACAACAGAGGAUAAGCAACUGCCCACAUCGCCAGCCCCUGCACCGUACAGGCCGACUGUGAUUUAUUGGGACUUGGAUAUUCAGACAAAUGCUGUAAUUAAGGAGCGCCCUCCAGUUGAUGCACUCCCUCCCCACCCGGAGGUGGAGCUAAUGAGGUCACAGCUGACAACAAAACUUCGCACCAACUACAAGGAGUUAUGCCAACAGAGAGAAGGCAUUGAUCCUCCACGAGACUCUUUUAACCGUUGGCUUUUAGAGAGGAAGGUGCUAGACAAGGGCAAAGACCCACUGCUGCCAAGUGAAUGUGACACUGCUGUGUCUUCAUCUAUGUUUCGUGAAAUCAUGAAUGAUAUUCCCAUCAGGUUAUCACGAAUUAAAUAUAGAGAAGAGGCCCGCAAGUUGCUCUUUGGAUAUGCAGAGGCAGCUAAGAAGCUGAUAGAGUCUAGGAAUGCAUCUCCUGAUAGCAGAAAAGUAGUCAAAUGGAAUGUGGAGGACACUUUCGGUUGGCUGAGGAAAGAUCACUCUGCCACAAAAGAGGACUACAUGGAUCGCCUGGAACACUUACGAAAGCAGUGUGGUCCUCAUGUCACUGCAGUAGCAAAAAAUUCAGUGGAGGGUAUCUGUAGCAAAAUCUACCAUUUGUCCUGUGACUAUGCACGUCGUAUCAGAGAGCGCCACCUCGCCCUUCUAAAAGAAUGCAACAUCACUGAAAAUAUAGAGACCCCAGAGGUGCAAGAUCGUCUUGUGUACUGUUAUCCUGUCCGCCUGUCCAUCCCUUCUCCUUCACAGCCUCGGGUUGAGCUGCACUUUGAGAAUGAUGUUGCCUGUCUGCGCUUCAAAGGGGAGAUGGUUAAGGUCAGCCGCAGCUACUUCAGCAAGCUGGAGCUUUUAUAUCGGUACAGCUGUGUGGAUGACCCCAGGUUUGAAAAGUUUCUGUCAAGAGUAUGGUGCCUCUUGAAACGAUACCAGGCAUUGUUUGGCAUUGGAGUCCAUGAAGGGACGGGCCUACAGGGGGCAUUACCAGUUCCAGUGUUUGAGGCUUUGCACAAGCAGUUUGGUGUGACUUUUGAGUGUUUUGCUUCACCUCUGAACUGCUACUUCAAACAGUUCUGCUCUGCCUUUCAAGACACAGAUGGCUUCUUUGGAUCCCGUGGACCUUUCCUAAGCUUUUCCCCUGUUAGUGGGUCAUUUGAGGCCAACCCACCAUUUUCUGAAGAGCUUAUGGAUGCUAUGGUAACUCACUUUGAGGAUUUGUUACAGCGCUCCAAUGAGCCCCUUUCAUUCAUUGUGUUUGUUCCGGAGUGGCGAGAUCCACCUACACCUGCACUCACUCGUAUGGAGAGUAGCCGCUUUAAGCGACAUCAGCUUACCAUUCCUGCAUUUGAACAUGAGUACCGCAGCGGCUCUCAACACAUUUGCAAGAGGGAGGAGAUGUAUUAUAAAGCUGUCCAUGGUACUGCAGUUAUCUUUCUUCAGAAUUCGGCUGGAUUUGCCAAAUGGCAGCCUACUCCUGAACGUAUCCAGGAGCUGAUGGCUGCUUACCGGGUGUCUGGGCGAACUCUGUCCUCACAGGGGACCACAUCAACUUCAGCCGGCAAUGCUGAGAAAGAAAAUGAAGCUGGCAAAGAGCAGGGGACAAGCAAAGAUGUGUCUACACGGGAUAGUUCAAGUCGGGACAACAGGAAUCUCACUACAGCAUCACUGGAGACAACAAGCGUGUAAAUGAUGGGGGAGGGGGGGCUAUUUUUAAGGCUGUCUGACAGGCUGGACCUGAGAAAGGAGUAUUUGUAUAUACCUGGUCCCUGGUGGACUUGUUUUCUAAAUUUAAAAUGAACUGACAUGCCAUUUAACAAAAAUUAACAUGACUGAUUACAUGGAAACUGUGGGCACUUAGUGCCCAGUUUCAGAUUAACCUGGCAAUACUGCCUUGUCACUUGGUUGGUAAAAUUGUCCUGGACCUGGCUGGAACAAGCGUAUUUAUCGGCAUGUCUUCAGCAAGGCAGCUAUAUAAUCAUAAUUAUGAACUCUUUUCAGCACCAAUUCUAUCCUUCCCACUUGCUGUACCACUUCUGUAAGAUAUUUGUCACCAGCAAAGACCUAUAGACACUGGCAAGGCCGUAUGUAUCAGAGCUGUGUGUGUGGAAUUACUUGUUCCUUUUUACUCAGAGUGAAUUUAUUCUUUUACUGUUUUUAUUUUGCAUAAAAGUGACUGAAGUGCAUUUUAAAAAGCUCUU